CUCUCUCCUUGCGCUUUGCCAGCUCCUCCACGGCUCACCACCACGGCACCACGGAGCAUCCAAUGCUUUCCCUCGCCGCCUCCCUCCCUCCUUAAUUCCACCCUAAUGCGCGUCAAUAAUCACGCCCGCCACCACUAAACCCCUUCCGGAUCCCGCCGCUAAGCGCAAUCUCCGGGGUUUAAAUCCCGGGGAGCAGAGACGCUUCGAGAAACAGCAGAGCAGGAGCAGGGGGCGGCGGCGAGAUGGACUUCGCGUCGUUCAUUACGUCGGUGCUGACGUCGUUCGUCAUCUUCGUGGUGCUGGUGCUGGUGUUCACGUGGCUGUCGCGCCGCCCCGGGAACGCGCCGGUGUACUACCCGAGCCUCCUGCUGCGGGGGCUCGACCCGUGGGAGGGCCGCCGCCGCGGGAGCCGCAGCCCCGUCGGGUGGAUCCGCGAGGCCCUCUCCGCGUCGGAGACCGACGUCAUCGCCGCCGGAGGGGUCGACGCCGCCGUAUACCUCGUCUUCCUCUCCUCCGUAUUGUCGAUCUUGGUGUUCUCUGGGAUUGUGCUGCUUCCGGUUCUCCUCCCCGUUGCCGGAACUGAUCAUGCCCUGGACCUUCAUGCUGCUGCUGGCUUCAAGCCAAAAACUGAUAACAAAGACGACUCAGCUCCAGACUUCCCACAGAUGGAAAGACUAGCAUUGGGCAAUGUUCAACCAAAAAGUAUGAGGCUGUGGGCAUUUCUGUUGUCAGUCUACUGGGUUUCAUUUGUCACCUAUUUUAUCCUGUGGAAGUCAUACAAGCAUGUUUCAAAUUUGAGAGCGACUGCAAGAUCAACACCAGAUGUUAAACCAGAGGAGUUUGCGGUGUUGGUGAGAGAUGUCCCUAGACCCUCUCCAGACGAAACUAUAAAGGACUCUGUAGAUUCGUAUUUCCGAGCACUUCACCCUAACACCUUCUACAGAUCAAUGGUUGUGACAGACCACGCAAAGGCUGAUAAAAUGUACUUGGAGAUUGAAGAUCACAAGAAGAAAAUUGCCCGCGCUGAAGUUGUCUAUGCAAACUCGAAAACUGAAAGUAACCCUGAGGGCACUAAGCCUACUCAUAGGACCGGAUUCCUUGGUCUGAUUGGUAAAAAGGUCGACACAAUUGAAUACUGUAGUGAGCAGAUUAAGGAAUUACUGCCCAAACUGGAGGUUGAACAGAAGGCUACCCUUCGUGACAAACAGCAGCGGGCUGCCAUUGUCUUCUUCAAUAGCAGAUCUGCCGCAGCUUCUGCAUCUCAAACUCUCCAUGCUCAGGUGUUUGAUAAAUGGGCAGUUAUGGAAGCUCCUGAACCACGUGAGAUAAUAUGGCCCAAUCUUUCGAGAAAUAUUUAUGAGAGGCAAAUCAGACAGGUUGUGGUCUAUUUCAUCGUCUUCCUCACGGUGGUUUUCUAUACGGUUCCUAUUACUGCUGUCUCUGCUGUUACAACUCUGGAUAACCUGAGGAAGGUGCUGCCCUUUCUGAAGGUGGUAGUGGAUCGUCCAGCGAUCAAGACCAUCUUGCAGGCUUACCUGCCACAGAUUGCACUCAUUGUGUUCCUAGCCCUGCUGCCUGCUUUUCUUAUGUUUCUCUCAAAAGCAGAGGGGAUCCCUUCUCAGAGCCAUGUAGUCAGGGCAUCAGCAGGAAAAUAUUUCUACUUUAUUGUUUUCAAUGUCUUCCUUAUCUAUACACUUGGGAAGUCAUUAAUCACCUCUUUGAAAACUAUUUUAAAUAACGCUAACAUUACUGUGAUCAUAAAUAUGCUGGCCACCAGCCUGCCUGGAGGUGCAACAUUCUUCCUCACAUUCGUUGCCCUGAAAUUCUUUGUUGGUUAUGGUCUCGAGCUCUCUCGCGUGGUUCCUCUCGUCAUUUUCCACCUGAAAAGGAAGUACCUAUGCAAAACUGAGGAUGACGUGAAAGCAGCAUGGUAUCCAGGAGACUUGGGAUAUAGCACCAGGGUUCCAAAUGACAUGCUCAUCGCAACAGUAACGCUGUGCUACUCGGUCAUGGCACCUUUGAUUAUUCCAUUUGGUGUUGCAUACUUUGCUCUUGGAUGGCUUAUAGCAAAAAACCAGGUUCUUAGAGUUUAUGUUCCUAGCUACGAGAGUAAUGGUCGAAUGUGGCCACACAUGCACACAAGGAUCAUCGCAGCUCUACUCCUUUACCAGGCCACCAUGAUUGGCGUCAUUGGCCUGAAAAAGUUCUAUUACUCACCUAUCCUUGUGCCACUCCUCCCGAUCAGCAUCAUCUUUGCCUACAUCUGCCAUAUGCGCUUUUACCCAGCAUUCGCCAACACCCCUCUGGAGGUGGCGCAGCACGAGCUGAAGGAAACGCCAAACAUGGACGCCAUCUACACUGCGUACAUCCCUCAGUGCCUGAAGCCUGACAAGCUCGAGGAUUUGGAUGUCUUUGAAGACGCUCAGUCGCACACCACCUCCAGAGCCCCGUCCAUUUAGUUUCGGAUUCUCAAUCCAUCACAAGGGCGCUGAAGAAGAAGAUCCAGACCCUUAUUGUCAAAUUUAUGUAGGGUGCCUGAUGAAUUUCCACGCUUCCACUUGAACCCUCUGAACUUGUGUUUCGUGAUAUAGCAAUCUGAUGUGAAAUGUACAUACUUGGCUAUAGUCUGCUGAACAUGUGUGGGUUUAUUGUAGGUAGCUCCUGUGGAUAUUUGGGGUUCUGAGUUUCUUCGUUUCUGUCCACGCGUGGUGUGUUGCUGUGUGAUUACUGUAGAACAUAUGCAGUGUUGCCAUGUAGCAUGUCUGAUUGUCUGUGAGUCGGCUUGCCUGAUGCUCUAAGACUCCAUUUAACAGAACUACUACUGUCUUAUUGUUAAUUGUUGAUGAAAUUUUAUGCUGUCGAA